GCAGCAGCAGCAGCAGCAGCAGCAGCAGCUCUGACUGUUCUGUGGGCACUUUUGCUGGAUUUCGGUAUCCUUGGGAAUCAGCUACAGCUCCUGCUUGCCAGGCUUCUGGAGGUGCAGGAUGACUCUCUUUGAUGGCGUCUACCCGUUCUACCCGCAGCAGAGGAAGGCUGCUGGGUUCGACAUCAGGACCAUCAUAGUCAUCGUGGUCUUCCUGACGCUGGCUUGCAGCUUUCUGCUCAUCAUCCCGGGCAUCCGCGGACGGGCGAGGCUGUACUGGACUCUCCGUGUUCUCCUCAGCCUCUUCGUGGGAGUGGUGAUUGUUGUUGUCCAGUUCACAGGAGACUGGGAGAUGGGCUGGGUGCAGGCAAACACCUCCUACAAGUCCUUCAGCCGUGCCCAGGUGGACGUGGACAUCGGGCUGCACAUCGGCCUGGCGGGGGUGAACGUCACACUCAGGGGAAACCCAGUGCACCAGAUCAACGAGACCAUCAACUACAACGAGCACUUUCCCUGGAACUUCGGAGCCGAUUACGACCGCAGCUACAGCGAGGGGCUGGAGAAGGGGCUGCCCAGCCCCAUCCUCUACGUGGCAGAGAAGUUCAGCAGUCAGAGCCCCUGUGCCGUGCACAGGCAGUACCGCAUCGCCGGCCACUACGCCUCAGCCAUGCUCUGGGUAGCCUUUUGCACAUGGAUCAUCUCCAACAUUCUCUUCUCCAUGCCUGUCCUUGUUUAUGGAGGAUACAUGCUCCUGGUCACAGGGGCCUUCACCAUCUUCUCGCUGCUCUCGUUCUCCACCGUGAGGAACUCCCCGAUGUGUCUGAUCCAGAUUGGGACCGGGACCCUGCAUGUAGCUUAUGGGGGAUCUUUCUGGCUCGUGCUAGCAAUUGGCCUGCUCUGUUUUGUGGCUGGGAUCACCAUCGUGGCGAUGCACCACCUCAAUUUGGACCUGCUGAAAGCCUUCUUUGAUCUCCGUGAGGACAAAGCAGAGGAGUACCAGGAAAUGCCUGAGGUGUUCAUCAACCCUCAUUUUGUGGACAAGGGCCUGUCUCCUUCUCAACCCUCUGAAAUCAACAGCAUCUAGAAGAAAGUUCUCACUCCUUCCCUGAAGAUGGACCCAAAAGGGCAGAUCACAGACUCUUCUUGAUGUCCCCAGAGACGCAUUUCCCCAUCCAACUGCCUUUGAAGUCCACGGUGGGAUAGGUCCUUGCUGGCAAGUGCCUUCACAGACUGUAUCUCCCUGGCAGUGCCCUCUGGAAGGGGCAGGCGAUGCUGGCAGGCUCCCAGCAGAGCAGCUCACAGCUCCAGAAACUUGAGCUGCACAGCCACCUGGGGAUCCCUGUCCCAGGAGGAAUGCCCUUCCUGCUCCGUGCCCUGCCACAGCACAGUGCAGGGAUUCUCCAAUGGUCUGUUCCUGCUGAAAAUGAGAAGCAGCUCAUGGGUGACAUUUCUCCCUGGGAGCACCUGCCACUCCAAAAGCCAGGGAUUACACCUGCUCAUUUCUUUCCCAAACAUGAAAUUUCGUGGUUUAGGUGUGUCCAGGAAAGCCAGGCAUGGAUCCAGCUUCUGCAGGCUGGAUGCUACAGGAGCUGGAAUAAAAAAAACUGCUCCAGAAACAAA